ACAGAGAAAAAUGGACACUUCAGAAUCUAGCAUCAACACAACUGCAAUAAAAGAUAAGCCCUCAUAUUUCAGAGCUUACCUAGGUGUGAUUAUAGUAAGCCUUCUCCACUUGUCAACUGGUGCAGUGAUGGGAUGGUCUUCGCCAAUGUUGCCGAAGCUGAACCUCACAUCAACCGAAUCAUCUUUGGUUGGUUCUCUAUAUUCCUUAGGUGCCGCACCAGGACCUUUUGUUAUAACAUUGUGUUUGGAUACCAUAGGCAGAAAAGGAACACUAUAUGUAGUGUGGUUAUUCUUUGUCAGUUCUUGGAUACUCCUACUAUCAUCGACCAAUAUCAACGUUAUAUAUAUUGCGAGAUUGGUGGGAGGGAUUGGAGUUGGUGGAGCCUGCGCAGGGAUUCCUGUUUACGUCUCUGAAAUUGCUAUAACUGACAUACGAGGUCGUUUGGGAUCUCUAAGCUUCAUGUUUAUAGCAUUUGGAGCACUCUUGGUAUACUGCAUUGGACCUAUAGUUGACUACUAUACUCUAUCGGCUUAUGGGAUAUCUGUCGCUGUUAUCUUUUUAAUAUUAUUUUAUUUUCUUCCCGAAUCUCCUUAUUACUACAUUAGAAAAGGAAGGAGAAAGGAGGCAUCAGCAUCUCUCCAGAAGAUGCGAUGUUAUACAACUCAAGAGAAAGUAGACGAAGAAAUAAAUUAUAUUGAGAAAACAAUAUAUAAUGAGAAAAGCAGUGUAAUGAGCUUUAAAGAAGCAAUAAAGACGCCAGCAGUAUUAAAGGCCAUUGGUAUCAGCAUAUUUUUAGUGAUGAUGCAACAAUUUGCAUGCGGGAAUCCCAUAAGCGCAUAUGGUCAAACAAUAUUUGAAAAUGCAAAUUUAAACUUUCCAGCAACCAUUGUUCCUGUAAUAUAUUUAUUUUCGAGUUUGUUUGGCUUCGCUUCAGUUAUUUUAGUCAACAGAUAUUUAACAAUAAAAACUGCAAUGCUUAUAUCAGGAAUCGGCUGCGGAAUAUUAACAGGACUUCUUAGCUUAUAUUUUUACCUCAUCAACAAUGGAGUAGAUUUAUAUUAUUGCAGCUACCUGUCGGUAGUCGCUGCUGUAGGAGCUAACUUAUUUAUUGGCCUUGGAGUGGGGCCUCUAGUUUGGCCUUUGGUAGCAGAACUUUUACCACCAGCGAUAAAAGGCGUUGGUACUGGCAUAUGUGGCUUUAUAAGCUCCUUCACAGGUUUUGUUUGCAUUGGACUCUUCUCAAUUGUUGCUGAUAAAUAUGAUUAUUCAGCAUCAUUUUUUGGAUUUGCAGCUCUUAUGAUAAUGUCAACUAUCGGAUCAAUAUUUUUUAUACCUGAUACUACAGGAAAGACAUUCCAUGAGAUCCAACAAAUGUUAGCAAAAUAAGAAAAGAAAUCCUUAGUAUGGCUCCUUCGACUGUAUUUCCAUUGAUAAUAAUUUUCUAUUUCAUUUAAUGAAAUCAUAUUUUUAAUUUGUAAAGUAUUAAAUGAUCU